UUGAUAAUGAACCGGUAUUCGAGUCUUGACUUCUGUUAUUUUAAUUGAAUUACAAUUUAUUGAACAUUACAUGUUUAUAUUCAUACAUUUUUCAAUAUUUUUACCCAUAUUAGUAAUUAACAUGUCUAAUAACACAAAGUUGUAACAUAAUUAUACGAUACCGUUUGAACAUGAUGUUUGUUACAUCUAUUCGACAUUUGAAGCCUGUAUUAUUGACUCGCUCACUUGCGUCGAAUAAACACUAUUGUGACUGUUCAAGGCAAUACGAUGUGAUCAUUGUAGGUGGUGGCCAUGCUGGGACUGAAGCGUGUUCGGCUGCUUCCCGAAUGGGAGCGUCUACGCUGUUGGUAACCCAUAAGAAGUCAUCUGUUGGAGAAAUGUCGUGCAACCCAUCAUUUGGUGGAAUUGGAAAGGGGCAUCUGAUGAGAGAAAUUGAUGCAUUGGAUGGACUUUGUGCAAAAAUUUGUGAUCUUUCUGGUGUUCACUACAAAGUCUUAAAUCGUAGAAAAGGACCAGCUGUAUGGGGUCUUAGAGCACAAAUUGAUAGACAACUGUACAAAAAACAUAUGCAAGAAGAGUUAUUUAAAAAUACACCUAAUCUGAAAGUUAUUGAAGGAUCUGUUAACAAUAUUUUGCUAGACAACAAUAAUCAAUGCACUGGAGUUUUAUUAGAAAAUGGUACAAUAUUAAAAACAAAAUGUAUUGUACUAACUACUGGAACUUUUUUAAAUGGUGAAAUGUAUAGUGGAAUGACUACCAGACCAGGGGGCAGAAUAAAUUCUAGGUCUUCUAUUGAAUUAGCCAAUACAUUAAAGAAAUUAGGAUUUACAACAGGAAGAAUGAAAACAGGUACACCACCUCGAAUUGAAAAACAAUCUGUUAAUUUUACCAAUUUAAAUUAUCAGCCUGGUGAUAAUAAACCAACACCGUUUUCAUUUAUGAAUGAUUCAGUGUGGCUUAAACCUGAAGACCAAAUACAAACUUACCUAACAUAUACCAACAGUAAAGUUCACCAAAUUGUUAUUGAUAAUUUGAACAUCAAUCGACACAUUAAAGAAGAAGUGAAAGGCCCUCGAUAUUGCCCUUCACUAGAAUCUAAAUCUCUUAAGUUCCGUGAUCGAAAUCACCAAAUAUGGCUUGAAGUGGAAGGCUUAGAUAGUGAUAUAAUUUAUCCAAACGGUCUUUCAUGUACACUACCUGAAGAUUUACAAGUAAAGAUGAUAAGAAGUAUAGAAGGAUUAGAAAAUGCUAACAUCAUUCAAUAUGGGUACGGAGUAGAAUAUGAUUAUGUAGAUCCACGAGAACUCUAUCCUACAUUAGAAACCAAAAAAGUAGGUAAAUUAUUCUUUGCUGGGCAAAUAAAUGGUACAACUGGCUAUGAGGAAGCAGCUGCUCAAGGUAUUCUAGCUGGAAUAAAUGCUGGUGCUAGUGCCUUAAACAAAAAUAGUUUGACACUAAGUAGAACUGAAGCAUAUAUUGGUGUACUUGUUGAUGAUUUAACAACACAAGGCACAGAUGAACCCUACCGUAUGUUCACUAGUCGAGCUGAAUUUCGUUUACAUCUAAGACCCGAUAACGCAGAUAUAAGACUGACACACAAAGGUUACAACAUUGGUUGUGUUAGUAAAAAACGUUACGAUCAAACAUCAAAAAUAUGUUCUGAUUUAGAAGAUGGUAUCAAACUAUUGAAUUCAGUUUCUCAAUCCAUGUAUAAAUGGAAGAAGUUAUUAGGUUUAAAAACAUCUAAAAAUCCUGAUUUUAAAACAGCUUUUGAAAUACUAAGUUUAUCCACAGAUGGUAUAACAGUAGAACAAUUGGAAAUGAUUCUCCCAGAUAAAUUUGGUGGAAAAUUUGAAAAUAAAAGACUGAAUGAACGUUUAAAAAUUGAAGCUAUAUAUCAAGCAUCUAUUCACGAUCAAUUAAAUGAUAUAGAACAAGUAGAACUUGAUGAAUUACUUCUUGUACCAACGAAUCUAGAUUAUAGACAUCCAUCACUCAGUAUUUCAAAGGAAGAAAUUGAAAAGUUGUCUUACAUUCAACCACAAACAAUUGGAGCAGCUAGUCGAAUACCAGGAAUUAAACCUAGUUCUAUUUUAAGAUUAUUACACUACAUUAAAAGUCAAAACAUGAAUAAAGCAAUAAUUUGAAGUUGCAUAUUCCUGUGUUUUGUUUUAUUUAAUAAACAUCAUGUAUUAUAAUCUAUUAUUCAAUUUUUUAUCUACCAAGA